UCUAUAUAAAGUCCAAUCGCCAGCCAGACAUUCAAACUGAAGAAAUCAAGGAAAAUUUAGUCGUUAGUUGUCACAUGCGAGGAAAACUGGAGAAACAAAGUGCAACUUUUAUUGAGGUCGGAUUGAAUACGACCGAAGCCUAACAUGUUCAUUGCAUAUACGUCAAUAACACUAAUAACGAUAACGAGUGUCAAAUGUUGAAUAUUGUAAUUCAUUUUGUUUAUACCUAUUAUAUAUCACAUAUACGUUGUAGAUAAAACGUAUUAUUAUAGUAUGAACUCUUGUUAGCUAGCAGUAGUAUAGUAAAAUGUAUUCUAUAAAAGCUGUAGUUGUUUCUGUUAAUUUUUUAUUUAUUUUAUAUACAAGUGCCACUAGUGAAAAUAGCAGCUCGGCCAUCAGCGAGGAAAAAUAUUUAUUUGACUUCACGAAGAACGAUGAUGUUGAGGCCUGGCAAGAACAAUCUGAUACGGUCCGAGAUGUGGGAAUGUCCAAAGCCGUGUUCGUUAUCCAUAAAAAUAAAGGAUUUAGAAGGGCAAUAUUUUUCGCUUUGUUAAACCCUCAACAGAAUGGAGCUGGAUUCGCGGGAAUAAGAGCCAUUCAAACUUACAAUUUGCAGGGACACACAAAACUGCAAAUAAGAUGUAGAGGCCAAGGCCAGUAUAAAGGUUUUAAAGUAGUUCUGAGGCAUAAAGGAUUAAAUUAUGAACCAUGUUAUUCAUUUGAACAGUAUUUUCAGGCCCCAAAGGACGAGUUUGCUGUAUGUAAUUUAGCAUAUAACGAAUUUAAAGCUUAUUAUAGAGGAAAGAGGGCUAAUGAGACAUUAGAUUUAUCUCAGGUGUCAAGUAUUGGGUUCCAAAUGUAUGGCGGAGUUUAUCAACCAGUAAAACAAAAAGGCCCCGCAACAUUAGAAAUCGAUUGGAUAAGAUCAGUGUAAUUUAUUGAAACAAUAAUCUAUAGGUAAAAUUGUUUUAUGUUAGCCGAUUAUGUACAGUGUGCAAAGAACGUAUAAAGAAAUUUCGCAAUAUUAAUACUAAAUUGUGCAAUUAUUUAUGGAACUAGGGUAUAAUUUACCUAAGGAUUGAUUACACGAUGAAAAUUGUUCUUGAUCCUUUCGUGGAAAUAGGAUGCACAUCGUAUUUUAUAUCUCCAUUACAAUACUGAUUGUUAUAAUAUAGAACGGAUGUUCUACUUCCUUUCAGCUGCACUCUGUACUGUACUUGUGAAUUGUUUAUGCUUACCAAUAAAACAUUGUUACUUGUUUAAUUAUUUAAUAAGAAAAAUUAAGAAUUAUAUGCAAUAUAUUUUAUUACCUGAAGUAAGUCAUUACUAAAUAGUGUUUUUUUUUCUAAAACAGUAAAACACGGUUUUUAUACUAUUUGUGUAUCCCAAUACAUAAAUGCUUCUUUAAAUUAUUAAUUCAUAUAAUCUGUACUAUUACUAGCGACCCAAUCUGGUCCAUAUACAGUCUGGGUUUUAUUAUAAUAAAUUCAGACAUAAAAAAAUUAUUAUGGUUCAUAAUUAAAUAUACAAUUAUUUAAAUCUGUCAAAAUUAGAACAAUCUAGUGAGUGAAAGCCAUAUCAAGAUAGUGGUGUGUAUUAAAUAAU